GGAUGUAUCAAUUCGAGUAUUAAAAACGUACAAAAAUAAAGUAUAAAAUGUGGAAUAGAUUAUAACAACAUGAAUUUAAUCUUUAAAAAAUAAAAUAAAAAAGUUAAACCAAUAAAUUAGAAAAAUAAAAUUGUAAAAUUUUUUGUUUUGUUUGUUUGUUUUUUGGUGCGACCAUUUCAAAGCGAACUUCUCGCAAACCCAAAGCCAAUCUCUACCUUCUCAGGGGGCUGGAGAGAGUGUCGGGAUGACGAUGGGGAUGUUAGAGAGCAUUGUCGGUCUCCUCCUCCUUAUGCUGCUUCUGAUCCUAAUCCUCAUCUUCCUCGCCUGCAAACCAUGGCGCUUCUUCUUCUCCUCUUCCCCUUCUCGUUCUGUCAAGGUUUCCGAGCUAGAGAGACCCCUUGUCUCUGAUGAUGUUGAUCAUACCAGAGAUCAAAGUAAUGAAUUGCCAAGAGAUUAUGAUCUAGAGGGAGCAUGUUUCCAGAGUUCUCCCCGACCAUCUGGACUUGUUAAGCAGAGGCUUCCCACUGCGGCUACUAAUUUGACUCAGGGUGAUACCUUGGUUCUAGAUGUGAUUUCUGAUGCUUCAGAAGAUGUUUCAGUUGGCCAGACACUUAAGCAUCCGUUUUUGUCACAUCAGUUAGCGGAAGAGCAGAAACAAGAUAGACUGAGUUCAGAAUAUGACAAAUCUAAAGUAUUUGGCGCUAAGGAUAUUCCUGGACAAAGAAGCAGCCUCACAUUGGAGGUUAUCUCUGGUCCUUGUCGUGGGCUUCGUUUCUCUGUACAUUCAACAAGUACCUCUAAGCUUCCUGUAACCUUUGGAAGGGUUUCUCCUAGCGAUAUAUUAUUGAAGGAUUCAGAGGUUUCAGGGAAGCAUGCAUUGAUAAAUUGGAAUUUAAAUAAUUUGAAAUGGGAAUUGGUAGAUAUGGGUAGCCUUAAUGGAACACUUCUGAACUCUCAGCCAAUAAAUCAUCCUGAUUCUGGUAGUAGGCAUUGGGGUGAUCCAGUUGAGAUUGCAAAUGGAGACAUAAUAACUCUUGGAACAACCUCAAAAGUUGCUGUUCAUAUUACAUCUCGAACUGAGUGUCAGGUCCCAUUUGGAGUUGGUGUGGCUUCAGAUCCUAUGGCUUUGCGUCGUGGAGCAAAGAAGCUUCCUAUGGAAGAUGUGUGCUAUUAUCAAUGGCCUCUUCCUGGUGUUGAUCAGUUUGGAAUAUUUGGUGUCUGUGAUGGUCAUGGUGGAGCAGGGGCUGCCAAAUCUGCUAGCAAACUUCUACCUGAGAUAGUCACUGCCAUUUUGUCGGAUUCCCAUACAAGGGAGAGGGUUUUAUCACAAUGUGAUGCUUCUGAAGUUCUAAGGGAUGCAUUUGCAAGGACAGAGGAACGCAUGAAUCACUAUUAUGAGGGUUGUACUGCAACACUGCUUUUGGUAUGGACUGAUGGUGAUGAAAAUUUCUUUGCACAGUGUGCAAAUGUUGGGGACUCGGCAUGUGUGAUCAAUGUUGAUGGGAAACAAAUUAAGAUGACAGGGGACCAUAGAGUAGCGAGUUAUACUGAACGACUUAGAAUGGAAGAAAUUGGAGAGCCAUUGAAAGAUGGGGAAACUCGUCUAUGUGGUUUGAACCUUGCUCGAAUGCUCGGAGACAAAUUUCUUAAACAGCAGGAUUCUCGGUUCAGUUCAGAGCCAUACAUAAGUGAAGUUGUGCAUGUUGAACGAGCAACCAACACAUUUGCACUAUUAGCGAGUGAUGGCUUAUGGGAUGUUAUUAGUGUCAAGAAGGCUGUUCAGCUAGUCCUUCAGAUGAGGGAGAGAGUAUCAGAGACGGAGAAUUCAGCAGAUAAGAUUGCUAAUUUGUUGUUGAGUGAGGCUAGAACACUGCGAACAAAGGAUAAUACAUCUGUAAUAUUUUUAGACUUUGACCCUUCAUGCAGAUAGUCCUGUAAAGUUGAUUGUUGAUAUAUGGAAAUGACCAAGUUAUAGUGUUAUAGCAA